AUGGCGGGAGCUAACGCGUCCUCCCAGCAGGUCCUGUUCGUGCACCAGCAGAUGUUCCAGGUGCAGCUGAACGAGGGCCCGCUGACCAAGCUGGUGGUGUCCAUCGUCAUGUCGGCGCUCUUCGUCUGGGUCAACUGCCUGCUGCUGUUCACGCUGAGCCGCAAGCCGGUGUUCCGCGAGACGCCGCGCUACGUCCUCUUCUCCCACAUGCUCUGCAACGACUCGGUCCAGCUGGCGUCCACCUCGCUGCUCUACAUCCUGUCCAUGUCCUACGUGCAGGUGCACAAGGCCGCCUGCUCGGCGGCGCUCUUCGUGUCCAGCUCCACCUUCCUCAACGCGCCGCUCAACCUGGCGCUCAUGUCCCUGGAGCGCUACGUGGCCAUCUGCUUCCCGCUGCACCACGCCUCCGUCGCCACGCCCGCCGCCACCGCCGGCGCCAUCCUGCUCGUCUGGCUCCUCGGCGGCGCCAACGUGGUCAUCGACAUCCUGUACGCCGUGGCCAGAGACGGCCGCUUCUUCAGCGAGCGCAUGUUCUGCACGCGCGAGCGCAUCUUCGUGGCGCCGUGGCAGGCCGACGUGUUCCAGGGCUUCAACGGCUUCUACUUUGUGAUCGUGACGGUGGUCAUCGUCUUCACCUACAUCAGCGUGAUGCUUGUGGCUCGCUCGGCGUCCAGUGACAAAGAGUCGGCUAAGAGAGCGCACCGGACGCUCCUGCUGCACCUCGUCCAGCUGGGCCUGUGUCUCAACUCAUUUCUGUAUGGCAGCAUAGAGAGAGCCCUGGCAAUGACCAGCAGCAGUCGACUGUUCAUGGACCUGCGCUACCUGAACUAUCUCUUUGUUCUCAUUCUGCCUCGGUGCCUGAGCCCACUGAUCUACGGCCUGAGAGACGAUGCUGUUCGGCCCUUAUUCCUCUACUAUGUCAGGUGUGGAACCCAAAAGGUGAAACCCUCUGUAACCGCACACUGA